CCGCGAUGUGUUCAAAUUUAUCUGCUAGUACACAAUACUCUUUAAGGGGCAAACUAUGAAGUGAUCAAGAACCACGAGCUCCAGCUCAUGCCGAUCAAUCACGGGAUGAGAUCAUUUUUUGAUACUCUAAAGCUCUACGUGAUUCUCGCUUGGGUACCGAUAACCCACGGUGCCGGGCCUGUGUUCAGUCUGAGCUCCUACAGCGGGACAGUCGACGAGAAUGUGCUCGUGGAAACCAUUGUGAACGGAAUCACCCUGUCAGCGACCGUCAGUGGCGGAGGCAAUGUUACAUACUCUAUAAUAAGCUCAGCGGGACCAUUCAAACUGAGCACGAAUGGAACGAAAGUGCUAACCAAUGGAUUGGUUGUAAAUUUUGAGGCACAGAACUCGUACAUCCUGACUGUCCAGGCUGAGUCCUCAGGUGAAACAGCAACAGCAAGUGUGACUAUUGCGGUAAAUGAUGUGAACGAAGCUCCAACCUUUACGCUGUCUUCUUACAGUGGAGAAAUUGCAGAGAACAGUGCUCCUGGAGUUGACAUCAUUACGAUAACUGCUGCAGAUCCUGAUGGUGGCGACAAGCUGAACUAUACCCUCUCUGGCCCGGAUUCGUCGCUGUUCAGUGCGCUUAGCAACGGAAUCAUAGAGGUCGCUGGAAGCCUUGAUUUCGAGACAACACCCAGCUAUUCUUUGACCCUGACAGCAACAGACUCCGGCUUCUUAACUGACACGACAGUAGUUGUCAUUUCACUCAGGGAUGUUAACGAUCGCCCUUCGUUUAUUGGGGCGCCAUAUUCUGCCAUCGUUCCAGAGAAUGAUGCUACAGCUAGCGUGGUAACUGUAGCCGCUAACGACCCAGACAUAGGCGAUUCCGUCACUUAUUCCCUAUCUGGUGCCAAAAGCUCUGACUUUACCAUCCAACCCGCCAGCGGAGUUGUCGCCCUUAACAACGCUUUGAACUACGAAUCGUUCUCACUUUACUUACUCACCGUCACGGCCUCGGAUGGUAACGGUUAUGGCAACGGAAGCGUGACGUCAACAUCUUUAACCGUUACGGUGACCAAUCGGAAUGACGCUCCAGUCUCUCUCAGCAACUCUUACUCGGCGACAAUUGGAGAGGACGAACCUGGUGGAACAAAUGUGUUGAAAACCGGCGCUUCCGACGAAGACGGACACAACAUCUUGUUCAGCUUGUCAGGAAGUUCCGAUUUCGAUAUUCUCAACUCGGGAAUGAUUCGUAUCAAGUCGGGAGUGACUUUGGAUUACGAGACGCAAGACAGUUACGGCCUGACUGUUGAGUUCUCCGACAGCACUGCUAACGUUUCCAAGUUUGUAUCCAUUACUGUGCUUGACAGAAAUGAUGCCCCGACACUUCCGAAUUCUCCGUACUCCACGAGUGUUUCCGAAAAUGUAUCGAUUGGUACGAGUGUCUUCGUCGUCAACGGGAGUGACCAGGAUGGGGAUUCGCUGGUGUAUUCGUUGUCCGGAGCUGGUGCGACGCACUUUACGAUUGACUCUAAUACGGGAGCUGUAACGACUAGUCAGGCAUUGAACUACGAAGAUGCCGUUUCUCAUUUCUUAAAUGUACACGUUUCUGAUGGAAAAGGCGGCCGCGUCUCCACCAGUCUCACCAUCAGUGUCACUGAUGCAAACGAUGCCCCACAAUUCCUUGGGGCGCCAUACACGGCGGCCAUUGAUGAAGGGCUUUCAAGCGGAUUGAUCUUACUUACGGCGUCUGCAGUCGAUGACGACAGCGGUGACACGCUGCAGUACAGUCUCUUGGGUACUAACAACGCUGACUUUGUGAUAUCAAACAGUUCUGGUGUUAUAAGCACUGCAAAGAGCUUAAAUUAUGAAACUGUGACCUCAUACGCCCUCACUGUAUCAGUAGAGGACGGCAAAACAUCUGUAACAACUUCCUUGACAAUCACCGUAAAUGACAAAAACGAUGCACCCGUGUUCAGGAACGCGUCUUAUGCGACGGCGGUCGAUGAAAACGACCUAAGCGCACCUGUUUUCACUGUGAGUGCAACAGACCAGGAUAGUUCUGACAGCUUGUGGUACAUUUUCUCUGGCUCAGUGUCGGCUGAUUUCGUUUUAGACUCUUCCACAGGACUCAUAACACUGUCUCGCCCCCUCAACUAUGAAUCAACACCUUCGUAUUCUUUAUCAAUCCUUGUGCUGGAUGGCAACGGGGAAAGCUCGUCAACGAAUCUUCAAGUAACAGUGAACGACUUGAACGAAUCGCCGAGAUUUGUUGCAACACCAUAUAGUGUGAGUAUUGAUGAAAAUCUUCAAGCAGGAUUCCAUGUUGUGCAAGUGAUUGCGACUGAUGAGGACAGCGGUGAUUCCCUGACAUAUUUUCUAUCCGGAGAAGACAGCAGUCACUUUGAAAUUAACCCGCUCACAGGCUUGGUGACUACAACACAACCGCUAGACAGGGAGACCGUGGGCUCCUAUGCGUUUUUAAUCAAUGUAACAGACGGCAUAACGUCUGUCACCGAGCCACUGUUAAUCACCGUUCUUGACAAGAAUGACGUGCCUUCUUUCACCGCGGGAACAUACACGACCAGCGUGGUCGAAAACGACGCAACUGCCUCUGUUUACACGAUUAACGCAACUGAUCAAGAUAGUGGCGAUUCUUUGACGUUUACUCUAACUGGAUCUGGAAGUGCGGACUUUUCACUUAACCCUAUGACGGGCGUGGUCACUUUGACACGUGCUCUGGAUUUUGAGGCCACACCUGUGUAUUACUUCACUGUCACCGCCAGUGAUUCGAAUGGAGGUGUGGCCACUAAAAGCCUUAACGUAACAGUUGUCAAUCAGAACGACAUGCCCCAGUUUGAAGGUGCACCAUACAGUGUCAACAUCGAUGAAAAUCUUCUUGCAGGAACAACUGUUAUAAAGGUACAAGCGAGCGAUGAAGAUGCUUCAGACACUCUGAGCUACAGCUUAUCUGGAACCAACAGCAAUCAUUUUAGCAUAAGCUCAAGCACCGGAGUAUUGACCACAGCACAAGCGCUUGACAGAGAAAAUAUCAGUUCUUAUUUAUUGGACUUGUCAGUAUCAGAUGGCAACGUGACUGUUUUUGAACGGAUAACUAUCAACGUGGAUAACGCAAACGACGCUCCAACGUUUUCUAACGCGCCUUAUAACGUCAGCGUGGACGAAAAUGUGGACAGUGGAAAUUUAUUUACUGUAAGUGCCACAGACGAGGACGGCGAUGCCAUUUUGUUCACCUUAGAUGGGGUAGGUAGUGAGUUAUUUUCAGUGCAUUCCAGUAGUGGAGUCGUGUCUUUGGUUGAAGCUCUUGAUUACGAAUCUGUCAGCGGUUACACGCUAACGAUCCGGGCUAGUGACAGUUAUGGUGGAGUAGCAGUUACGUCAGUCUAUGUUAAGGUUGUCGAUCGAAAUGAUGGCCCCGCCUUUGUUGGUACGCCUUAUAUAGCGAGCGUGAAUGAGAACGUUGCAAUUGGCAUCACUGUGAUAGAUCUGAUGGCAACUGACCAAGACGGCGAUGCUUUGACGUUCAGUUUGACUGGAAGUGAUGACUUUAACAUUGGAACAUCCAACGGAAUUAUAACAACCAACCAGGUCCUGGAUCAUGAAACAAACAGCUCUUACUCCCUGAUUGUGCGUGUUUCUGAUGGCCCGACGACAGUUUCUCAGCCGCUGACCAUUAGCAUCCGGGACGUGAAUGACCCUCCAUUAUUUAGUGGUGCGCCCUAUGCCGUGAGCGUGAAUGAAAACGAGGCUGUAAGCGCAGUUUAUACAGUCAGUGCCACAGAUCAAGAUGCUGGUGAUUCAGUUACAUUUCUGCUGGCUGGUCCAGGAAGCGCCGACUUCUUCAUUCAUCCAAACAGCGGUGUGGUAUCAUUAAAUCAGGCGCUAGACUACGAAUCACUUCCAUUCUACUUGUUAACAGUAAUUGCUUCCGACACAAAUGGCGGUAUGGUUCAAACUACACUCAAUGUGACAGUUGUCGAUCAAAAUGACUCGCCUGCCUUCGUUGGUCUUCCAUUUUCAGCACAAAUUAAUGAAAAUCAAGUCAGCGGCUCCUUCGUGUUGAAGCUUACUGCGACUGAUCAAGACGCAGGUGAUUCGCUGACCUUCAGUAUCGAGGGUUCAAAUUCUGACCACUUCGCUGUAUCUUCAAAUGGACACAUCACAACUACAAAAGUUUUAGACUUUGAGUCUGUCAACACUUACUCUCUGAAUAUUUCUGUUUCUGACGGUAAGAAAGAUGUAAAGAAAGCUCUAAUCAUCACUGUCCGUGACACAAAUGAUUCGCCAGUAUUUGUUAAUUCGCCUUAUGCCGUCACUUUAUCUGAAAACAAUGCUAGCGCUGUCGUGAGCGCAGUCAGUGUGAUCGAUGAGGACAGCGGUGAUACACUGACAUUUUUCCUAUCAGGGGAGGGCAGCGGUGAUUUUUCUAUCUUGUCAUCCACAGGGUUAGUUUCACUGAACAGGGCGUUAGACUACGAGAGUAAGUCUAGUUACGUGUUAACCGUUACUGUGCGUGAUGGAUAUGGAGGUCAAGCCACUUCUUCUUUUAUUGUUACGGUAUCUGACGAGAAUGACGCUCCCAGUUUUAUUGGGACUCCAUACAGCGUGUCACUCGAUGAAGAUGUACUCGCAGGGACCAUAGUGUUGCAAGCUUCUGCAGUAGAUGAAGAUUCUUCGGAUAUCGUAGAAUACAGCUUUUCUGGUGAAAACAGCACAGAUUUCAGCAUUGCUACAAAAAGUGGCAUCAUCACAACAGCUGUUACUCUUGAUUUUGAGUUAAUUAGCUCUUAUUCCUUAACAGUUUCUGUUACGGAUGGAACAGCGUCAGUCUCUCAAGUGAUCACUAUUAGUAUCACAGAUAAAAAUGACGCACCCACCUUUGUUGCGGCGCCUUAUUCAGUCACAGUCGCAGAAAACACCACCACCAGUACACUGUUCACGGUAAGCGCCACUGACCAAGAUACUGCAGACAGCUUGAACUUUCUUCUCCUGGGAUCUGGUAGUGAAUUGUUUUCAAUGCACCCAACAUCAGGAGUAUUGGCGUUAACUACAGCAUUGGAUUUCGAGGUGACAUCACUGUACACUUUAACUGUCUUUUUAGCUGAUAAUAAUGGCGCAGUCACGACCACAUCAUUAUCUGUUUCUGUCUCGGAUGUCAAUGAUUCUCCCUUGUUUCUUGGUACACCUUAUACAGCGACCAUCAGUGAGAAUCUCCCAAGCGGAAGUGACGUCAUAAAGAUUGCUGCAAAUGAUGCAGACGGUGACGUAUUGAGUUAUAGUUUAUCAGGAAAAAACAACGGAAGCUUCAUGAUAUUGUCCCCUUCCGGCUUGAUUGAAACUACAAAGGAGCUGGACUUUGAGGCAGUCAGUUCUUACUCUCUGACUGUGAGCGUGAGUGAUGGAAAAAUCAGCAUCUCCACGGCUCUUACCAUCUCCGUCAUAGACGUAAACGAUGCACCGUACGUAACUAAUCUACCCACCAACAUCAGUUUGUUUGAGAAUGACGUCACGGUUCCCGUGAUUGACGUCAAUGCAACAGACCCUGACGGUGACAACAUAACCUUUAGCUUAAGUGGAAGUAGGAGUGAUGACUUUAACAUUAAUCCGGCAACAGGACGUAUGACCUUAACCAAGCCGCUGAACUUUGAAUCACAGGCGCUUUAUUCGUUGACAGUGAGAGUGUCUGAUGGGAUAGGAGGCGUGGCUGUAGCGUCACUCACCGUCAUUGUAGUCAAUCAAAACGACCUACCUGUCAUCCUCGGCGCACCGUUCACAACAAGCAUCGACGAGAAUUUGAAUGGCGGAAUUGCGGUCUAUAAAGUCGUUGUCACGGACGAAGAUACUGAAGAUUCUUGUAUUUUCAGUUUGUCAGGAACAAACAGUAACCAUUUUGCGAUUUCUGCCGCUGGUGUUAUUACAACUGCUCAGAAGAUAGAUUUCGAGGCAUUUUCGUCGUAUACCCUCACCACAACUGUCUUUGACGGUACAGAAACUGUCAACACAACAUUAACAAUCACUGUCGUGGAUAGAAAUGACCCGCCCCAGAUCGUCAACGCUCCGUACACAGUCACUGUCGAUGAGAACGAUGCGAGUGCUACAUUGGUCAAUGUUACUGCGAUGGACAUGGACAGUGGUCCACCCGACACUCUAACGUUUUCUUUGUAUGGUGCUGGUAGUAGCUACUUAUCAAUUCACCCAAACACAGGAGUGGUAAGCCUCUCACAAGCUUUAGACUUUGAACAAUUCCCCCAGAUUGUAACGACAGUGGAGGUCAGGGAUGGCCGCGGGGGAUUGGCCACGACCAGUUUGACCGUUGAUGUAAAUGAUAGAAACGAUGCGCCUGUAUUCCAGGGAACCCCGUUCAGCACUGUUGUCAGUGAAAAUGUCCCGGAUGGUUCAACUGUGCUCCAAAUCACAGCUUAUGAUCAAGAUAGCAACGAUACUCUCACUUACACACUAUCGGGUGCCAACAGCUCUUAUUUCCAGAUGUCUUCUUUGACAGGUCUGAUACUGACCGCGCGAGAACUGGAUUACGAAGUUCUGAAUUAUUUCUUUCUUACUGUAAGUGUUAGUGAUGGGAGGACGACAGCUACGCAACCGCUGACCAUUACGAUCACAGACAAGAACGAUUUACCCAUGUUCUCAGACGCCCCUUACUCAGUGCAAAUUAACGAAAAUUUUAUCUACAGCUCCAUUGUCUUGGCAAAUGCCACGGACCCUGAUAACGACACGUUACGUUUCACGCUUUCAGGAUCACGAAGCUCUCAGUUCACGAUUCACCCAUUGACUGGUUUAGUCUCCAUAACCGAAGCCCUGAACUUUGAAGAAGCUGCCAUGUACGUGUUAACACUAACUGUGUCAGAUGGAAAAGGUGGAGUGAACGACACCACUCUCACCGUCGAAGUCGUCGAUCAUAAUGAUCCCCCUACCUUCGUCAACACUCCAUUUAGCGCAGCAAUCGACGAGAACAUCGACAUCGGAACAAUAAUUAGCCAAGCGUCAGCUACCGACGAAGAUAACAACACUACUCUCACGUAUUCGCUCUCGGGAGCUAAUAGCUCGGUUUUUGCGAUUUCCACCACAGGCAUCAUAUCUACGGUGGAAGAGAUCGACUUUGAAAGCUGCAGUUUGUACUCAUUGACUCUCUGGGUGGGGGACGGUGCCACAACAGUUAGCUCUCCUCUGACGGUGACCGUCAAUGACAUCAAUGAUAUACCAGUGUUUACCAACGCGUUCUACUCUUUAGCACUGAAGGAAGGAACUGGUGCAUCAGUCAGCAUUUUGCAAGUCUCCGCGAGCGAUCAAGACGGAGAGAAUAUUGCAUACUCCUUUGUAGGAAUCACCAGCACAGAUUUUACCAUAAACAGUGCAAAUGGUGUCGUAGCGACAUCUGUCGUUCUGGAUUACGAGAAAACACCGUCCUACGUCCUUAACGUGCAAGCGAAUGAUGGAAACGGCGGAAAGACCUUGUCCAAUGUCAUAGUGAAUGUUAUAGACCUUAAUGAUGAGACGCCACUGUUCAAUAGUGCCUCUUACAACGGUCACGUUACGGAAAACGUUUUAAUUGGCUCCUCUGUUAUGACAGUGACUGCGUCAGACAGAGACACCGCUGACAGCUCGCUGGCUUAUGCACUGUCAGGAGCAAACAGUUCUCACUUUACUGUUACAAGUAACGGUUUGAUACAAACAGGAAGAGACAUAGACUACGAAAGUAUUCAAGGUUAUUCGCUUACUUUAACGGCCACAGACAACGCAAACAACACAGGCACUACUGUUAUAUCAAUUACAGUGGUGAAUGUGAAUGAUAAUGAUCCGAUUUUCAGCGCUGCAACUCUCAAUGUUGACGUGUCGGAAGGCAGUGCUCCUAGUACGAGUGUUGCCAGGGUAACGGCGACUGACGGAGAUCUUGAUGACAUAAUAUCAUACGCACUGUCAGGGGCCGACAGUAUCCACUUCACCGUUAAUGAAAACACAGGAGUUGUCUCCACUACGGCGCCUCUGGAUCGUGAAUCCCAAGAUCUUUAUUCCUUUACACUCACCGUCACGGAUUCUGGGGGCCUUUCCUCAUUGGCUACAAUUAACGUCACAGUUAAUGACGUAAACGAUAACAAUCCCGUAUGUGCAACGGCUGUCUAUGCUGCUUCAGUGGCAGAAAACGAAGCUGUUGGUUCUUCAUUGGUAACAGUAUCGUGCUCUGACCUGGAUGUGGGCUCGAACGGAGAGGUGACUUACAGUAUUUUGUCUGGAGAUGGCGGAGUCUUUGCAGUUAACUCUUCAACUGGAGUGGUAACCAUCAGUUCUCCUCUAGAUCAUGAGUCCGCACAAGAAUACUUAGUAACCUUACAGGCCACAGACGCAGGUUCACCACCGCUGUCAUCCACUACCACAGUUAUCUUAACGAUAACAGGAGUCAAUGAAUUUACUCCCCACUUCAUCCCUAACAACUCCUUCGCAUUCACAGCCGCAGAGAGCCUGGCAUUAGGACAUGAUAUCAUUACUGUGUCGGCCAAUGACGCAGAUGCCGGUUCACAAGGCGAGGUUACCUACACCAUAAGUGGAGGAGAUACAUACGGGAAUUUCGUGAUCGAUAGACACAGUGGAGUCAUCGAAUUGGUUUCUAGCUUGGAUCACGAGGUUAGUUCUCAGAUCACUCUGACAGUGACCGCCACGGACGGAGAUUCAGGGAGUCCGCUUUUUACCCAGGCCACCGUGACAGUGAAUGUGGUCGACGUCAAUGACAAUCACCCAGAAUGCCUUCCGACAUUGCUAGCGCCCGCAGUACUUGAGUCAGCUGUUACUGGUGAUGUUGUGGCCACCCUGAAUUGCAGCGAUCAAGACAGUGGAAGCAAUGGACAGUUAAGUUACACUAUCUCGACGGGAAACUCAGAUGGAAAAUUCAAUAUUUCAAGUAGUGGAGAAGUGAGUGUGACAGAUACUCUGGAUUACGAGACAGUUAAGUCGUACCACCUGUCGAUCACUGUGACUGAUGGAGGUGUCACUCCUAUGUCAACUGAGGUUUCUGUCACGAUAUCUGUGUCACCUGUCAACGAGUAUGCCCCAGUAUUUACAAGCAGUGGCAUGUACUUGGUCUCAGUUCCCGAAGAUAUAAGCCUUGGCACGGAGGUUAUCCGGGUUACAGCAAACGAUGGAGAUGACUCUAGGCAUGCGCAUGGAAGACUGAUUUACUCGCUCAUUUCCGGAAAUACUGGUUUCUUUUUCCACAUAUCUGCUUACAAUGGGGCGAUACAGCUCGUGAGGAGCUUGGAUCGAGAAGUGGAGUCAUCCUACGUCCUUAUAGUCAAGGCUUCUGAUGGAGAAAAUCACGUGAAUGCUACAGUGUCAAUCACUGUCGUAGACUCCAACGACAACCAACCAAUUUGUAGCCCUUCCUCUUAUAGUGCUGCAAUCAGGGAAGAUGUGGGAUUGGGAACUAGUGUGUUGACUGUCACAUGCUCUGAUGAUGAUGAGGGGGUUAACGGCCUGUUGGUCUACAGUAUCAUAUCCGGAAACACCAACAACAGCUUUACCAUAAACUCCAACGGCACCCUAUCUACAGCUGCGUGGUUAGAUUACGAGACCAUGCCCGCUUUCACGCUGUCAGUCCGCGCUCGUGACUCGAGCAGUCCGUCAUCCUCUCAAAAAGCUACUGUUAUGGAAAUAAGUCUUGAUGUCACUGCAGUGAAUGAGCACAAGCCCCUGUUUGACUUUGCUCAAUAUACUACGAGUAUAACUGAAAAAACGGCCGUGGGAACCUCAAUUAUUAGAUCCACGGCUAGGGAUCAAGAUUACGGACCGCAAGGGGACGUGAGUUACUCGAUGACACCGCCAUCAGCUCCGUUCUAUAUUGACUCUAACAGUGGUGUGAUCCGUGUGAAGACCAGCUUGGACAGGGAGACUGUUGAUAUCUACAUCUUGACUGUGACAGCUAGUGACAAGGACCCCAACAUAGGCGACCGUAAAUCAUCCUCGGUGAAUGUGACUGUUACUUUGACUGAUGUAAAUGACAAUGAUCCUGUAUUUUCUCCUGAUCAUUAUAAAGUUGAAUUUUAUGAAAAUACCACAGCCGGCUCCAGUAUCACUCAACUGCAAUGCACCGAUCAGGACCUUGGCACUAACUCAGUCCUUGUGUACAGCAUAACAGAUGGUGACCCAGAUGGCUUCUUCAACAUAUCUUCCAGCACUGGUCGAAUCUCCUCAGCUAAACACCUCGACUUUGAAGACGUCCAAUCAUAUUCCUUGACUGUUGAGGCACGUGAUAGUAGUUCACCAAUCAGCUCGCAACACGCGUCUCUAUCUCAUGUUGACGUCGUAGUGACUCCACUAAAUGAACACACGCCUGUGUUUAGUCAGUCGUCGUAUGAUGUCACCAUCUCGGAAAAUACGGCGAUUGGAGCUUCAAUUCUGUCCGUGAUUGCCACUGAUAGUGAUUCUGGCUCACAAGGAGAGCUGACGUUUGCAUUGUCCAGCGGCUCACCAUUUGGCAUUGACGAGGUCAGCGGCGUCGUAAGGUUACAACAGGAGUUGGACUUCGAAGUUUUGAUGUCAUAUUCUCUAUUGGUGACUGCAACUGACGGAGAUUUAAAUUCUCCUAAAUCAUUAGGUGUUAACUUGACAGUAACGUUGCGUGACGAGAAUGAUAACGCACCAAUGUUUAGUCCCACUCUGUAUAGCGUGACAAUUCCUGAAGAUGCGGCUGUGUUUACUAACAUAUUGAAUCUGACAUGCGCGGAUGCUGAUUCUGGUACGAACGGACAGUUUCUUCUGGCAAUAACGUCAGGGAAUACGGGCACAGGAUUCUCCAUCUCAGAUGAGGGCUUUCUGAAUGUUGCGUCUGCUCUUGAUGCAGAAACAACCUCUUUCUAUUCUCUCGAGAUCACAGCCACGGACCGGCACCCUAGCCAGCCGCUCUCCAAUAAAGCAAAAGUAACCAUUAUUGUCACAGACGUGAACGAACACACUCCGCAAUUUACAGAUGGCGGAUCAUAUACUACCCUGUUGACCGAGAAUGCUACCGUUGGAGCUUUAGUUUCCAGCGUUUCGGCUACAGAUCUGGACAUUGGCUCUGUAUAUGGCGUAGUUAGCUACGCAAUCGCAUCCGGGAACGCCGAUGGCACGUUUGCGAUCAGACCGACUGAUGGUGUGGUUUUUGUGAAGCGUCCGCUUGACAGGGAAACAACAGGCUCUUACAAUCUUACAAUUAAAGCCAGCGAUCAAGAUCCAGAUUCUCCCUUGUCAUCCACAGCCACACUUCAAGUUACACUCACUGACAUCAAUGACAACCCGCCUAUAUGCGUUCCUUGCAUUCAUGGCUUGUCAAUCAAGGAGUCUGUUACCAUAGGGACGACAGUUGUUCAGUUGAACUGUUCGGACGCAGAUCUCUCGCCGAAUGUAAUCAGUGCGUACACAAUAACUACUGGGAAUACGACUGCCUUUGGUGUGAACGGAGAUGGUCUGGUGACCACACUCGUCACUCUUGACUUUGAGGCUAUCGAGUCUCACCUGCUCGUGGUAACGGUAUCUGAUGGAGGUUCGCCCCAGCUCACCACCAACGUAACUGUUAGUAUCCAGGUCACCGGAGCUAAUGAGUUUUCGCCUGUAUUUAGUAACUCGACUUAUACAGUCAGCCACUCAGAGGACAUUGUCAUUGGCACCGCUAUUGCAACAGUGGCAGCUGCUGACCGAGACCACGGACCUGACGGCACUAUCCUCUUCGCUUUGAUCGAUGGUGACUCUGAAGGGAGAUUUCAAAUCGAUCCUAAGUCGGGCGUAAUUGAACUGAGAAAACAGCUGGAUCGUGAGACGACGGAAGUGUAUUCUCUGACCAUUCGUGCCACUGACCAAGGCGUGCCUAGCUUGUCGGGUACAGUGACAGUUCAUGUGAAGGUACUUGACGUCAAUGAUAAUCCACCACUUUGUAACCAUUCCUCCUACGUCAUCGAGUUAGCAGAGAACUUCACAGUCAAUGGGACGGUACUGCACCUACAAUGUAGUGACGCUGACGAAGGAGAAAAUUCUGCUGUUUCAUACAACAUAUCUUCAGGAAACACAAAUUCUACGUUCAACGUUAAUUCAAAGACAGGGAUCCUAUUCUUGUCAGUUCCCCUUAACCUGGAGUCUCAGGCAUACCACGAUUUGAUCAUCACUGUUAGGGAUAAUGGAUCUCCACAGCUCUCCACACAGGUCACAGCAUAUAUCGUGAUUACAGCCAUUAAUGAGUUCGCCCCAAUAUUCACUCAGAAUGGCUUCUAUAAUUUAUCAAUUCCCGAGGAUACCUCUGUUGGUACCAGUUUGGUAAGAGUGCAGGCUCAAGACGAGGACAGAGGUAAACAAGGCAUGGUUUCCUACUCCAUUUCACUUGGGAAUGAGGACGGCAUGUUCUAUCUAGAUGGCAACCUUGGGACUUUGAUCCUUAGGAAGCCAUUGGACCAUGAAACUCGUUCUCAGUAUAGCUUGACGGUGCGUGCGUCUGAUAACGCUCCCAAGCCCCUAACAAAAUGGAGCUUUGCAACUGUGAACAUAACUAUUUUGGACCUCAACGACAACGCUCCUUGGUGCUCUCAAAGUGCAGUGGUAGUUUCUUUGAUGGAGUCUACAGUUGUAGGGACAGUGGUAUUCACACCAAACUGUACAGAUGUAGACUCCUCGUCGCUUCUUUCUUAUCAAAUAUCUGAGGGAAACCACAAAGGAAACUUCAAUGUGUCUUCAGCCGAGGUGAGGCUCAACGGGUCACUUAACAUCGAAGAUGAGUCAUUAUUCAACCUUCUGCUGACCGUUUCUGAUUCCGGCUCACCAAUGAAGCAUGCUUACAUCUCAUUGACAGUCAAAGUUCUUCCAGUGAAUGAACAUGAGCCCACGUUUGUUGCCAAUGACCAACUGUAUAAUUUGGACGUCUUGGAAAACAUCACAUUAGGAACUGUCGUUUUUCAAGCUCAGGUCAUAGACAAUGACACAGGAAUACACGGAGACCUGCGAUACGUUCUUGUCAGCGGCAACGUAGACAACAAAUUUUAUUUGGACGAGGCACUUGGAAGACUGGUACUGGUCAAAAGCUUAGACAGAGAGACCACUGACCAGUAUAAUAUCAGUCUCAGGGUAGAAGACAGUGCACAAGGUUCUCCGGAUGCUAAGUGUUCCAAUGUGACAGUGUACAUUUCAGUUUCAGAUGUAAAUGAUAACUCACCUGUGUGCUCACCAGCUUUAUUUGUCAAGGAAAUUCCAGAGGACAUUUCUCUGGACGCAAACGUGACGGCAAUUGCCUGCUCCGAUGAAGACCUGGGACCAAAUGGAAAUUUCUCUUUUGAAAUCGUCAGCGGAAACUUUGGAAACAAGUUCAGACUGGAUGACAACAGGAUCGUUGUAAAUGAUGCACUGGAUCACGAGAAUGGAAGUGAAUAUGGCUUGGAGAUUUAUGUGACAGACCACGGCGUUCCAAAUAAUAUAGCUGUUGUUAUGGUAACAGUGUAUGUGAAAGCUAAAAACGAGUUCACCCCAAUCUUUCAGUAUCCCAACUACACGGUCAAUAUCUCUGAAACUACAGCAAUCGGUUCCCAAGUAUUUCACGCAAGCGCAACUGACUCAGACGAAGGCCUUCACGGGGAAUUAGAAUAUUCCAUCACCGGCGGCUUGGACGGAGGAAUAGACUUCACUGUGGACUUGAAAGAGGGACAAGUUUUUGUAGGGGCUGAACUAGAUAGAGAAACAAGGGACCUCUAUGUCUUGAACCUAACGGUUAAGGACAGGGCCUCUAAAGAGAGUGACCGUAGAUUAUCUACUAUGAAGUUGGUCAUCCACAUAUCUGACGAGAACGACAAUCCACCGGUCUUCACCCAGGGGAUAUACACUGGCACUAUCCCUGAGAAUGUACCCUCAGGAUUUUUAGUCACUCAGGUUAACACCACAGACGCCGACAUCGGAAUCAAUGCUGAGCAUACAUUCACAAUCACAGGAGGCGACGGUGUCGGGAAAUUCAGCAUCAAUAGUUCUUCUGGCGUGAUAUCCGCUCGGUCAGGCCUGGACCGAGAAACAAAAGACACCUACUACUUGUCAAUCACAGCCCAAGAUGGUGGCACCCCACCACUGACCGGGUUAUGCGCAGUGCGCGUGUUCAUAUCUGAUACUAAUGAUCACAAGCCCGUGUUCAGUCCUGCCCUGUAUCUAACGAGCAUUUCAGAAGCCACGUCUUCUGGAACUGACGUCAUACCUGUACAUGCGCACGAUAAGGAUGCGGGAAUAAACGCGAGAAUAGAUUUUUCUAUCGUUGGUGGAGAUCCUAAGAAGCAAUUUCAGGUGAACUCUGCAGGUAUGAUAAGCAUCAAGAAUUCUUUAGAUCGGGAGGAAAUUCCUUUCUACACCUUGCUAAUUCAAGCGUCAGACCAAGGCACCCCUCCCCUGACAGAGACCGUGUUUGUCAACGUUACAAUCGAGGAUUUCAACGACAAUCCACCGGUGUUUUCUGAUAGUAAUUUUACUGUAACUGUGGCUGAAAAUCUGCCAGUUGGCUCACGAUUUCUAAAUGUAACUGCAUCAGAUUCUGAUAUUGGGGACAAUGCCGUGCUAACGUGGUCUAUCGUAAGUGGAAACACUGGUGACGUCAUGGCCAUAGAGUCAUCUUCAGGGAUAUUAUUUAAUCUGGGUUCAUUUGACCGUGAGACCACCCCAGAAUAUCUCUUGACAGUGAGAGUCAAAGAUGCUGGAAAUCCUCCCUUGAACUCUUCAACCAAAGUCCGAGUAAGAAUAAGCGACAGUAAUGACAACUCCCCCGAGUUCAGCGAAGCCGAUUACACCUUUUUCGUCGUAGAAAACCAGCCAAUAGGAACUUCCGUUGGAGAAGUACAGGCCAAUGAUAUUGAUAACGGCACGCAUGCGCAGCUGGUGUAUUCUAUCGAGUCUGGAGAUGAAGACGAUCAUUUUUCCAUAAACCAAGUCCAAGGGACUAUUUACACGGCCGUAGUGCUGGACAGGGAAGAUGUCAGGGAAUAUAGGAUCAGGGUCAAAGCUUCAGAUUCGGCUGUGUUUCCAUCAGGCCUAUCAACCGUCACGAACGUUUACAUAACAGUUUUAGACCAGAAUGACAACCGCCCCAGUUUCCCUCAGCCGUUUUAUAACGCAUCGGUCCCAGAAAAUUCCCCAUCCGGAGUAUCAGUUACCACGGUAACAGCUAAGGAUCUUGAUAGUGACGCUAAUGCAGAGUUGACGUAUAGCAUCACCCAUGAAUCUUCAGUGGGAUAUUUUAGUAUCAACAGUGCAACUGGAGAGGUGUUUGUAAGAAGCUCGUUUGAUUACGAGGCAGUGAAAUUUGUGAAUGUUACAAUAACCGCGCAAGACAAUGGGAUUGUCAGGCUAAAUAGCUCUGUUUCCAUGAAAGUUUACAUAGAGGACGUAAAUGACAACUUUCCAGUUUUUGAGAAAGAUUUCUACGAUGCUCUUAUUCGUCAUGACCGAUCACUCGACUCAGCUCCCAUUGUUACAGUCUCUGCAACAGACAAAGACUCUGGUGAUAUGGGGACUGUGGAAUAUAACCUGCUGGAAGCCUCUUCGGUUUUUACUGUGGGACGCAGCGAUGGCAAUAUUCGCCUCUCUUCAUCUCCUGAGAUCGGGAAAAAAUACGUGCUGCGCCUGCGCGCUACUGACCAAGGCACGCCGCCGUUGACUAGUGGCAUCAUUACGGUACGAAUUGACGUGAUUGAUCCAGAGAAAACAAUGGUUGAUAUAGAACUUGAAAUAACUUUGGAGCAAUUUGAGGCAAAUCGUGAGCUGUUUCUUGAGAAAAUAUCCAAGCUUUUGGGAGCUGAAGUGGGCAUUUCAGAGAUCGUUGUUAUAACUGAAGAAGCAAGAAGACGAAAAAGAGAAACAAAAACUCGUCUUAAAGUCACCAUAUAUGCUGUGAAAAAUCCAACCGGUAAUACCACAGAUCUUAAUGAAAAAUUAUCGCAUGUCAAAGACUAUAUGACACGAGACGAUAUUCUGAGCGUUCUCCUGGAUGAGGAUGGAAAUCUUAAUCCAAACCUGACAAAUGACAAGGAGUUAGAGGUGUUUAAUAUUCGCACAGUGAAGGCCACUAAACGCACCAUACCUCCACCUGUGCCUUUCUUCAAGACAACUGUUGGUAUAAUCAGUUUAGUAUUUGGCUGUUUUGCGGUGUUGCUGGCGAUUGCUUCUGUUGUAUACUGGAAAAAGCGUGCAAAGAAGAGACUUCGAUUGCUAGAAUCCCGUGAACCUAAUUUAAGACCCCACAGAGACUCCACAAACACAGAAGUCGCUUUACACAAAGGCAAGGAUAAGCGAAACAAAAUGAUCUCACCUGUAAUGGCGGAUGAUCAACAAAUUGUUGCUCACAAUGGAAAGCGAUUCGAUGGAAGAGCUGUAGAUCCAGCGACAGGGAAAGUUUACCUUUUCAAUAAAACGACUGGUGAGCGCAUGUGGCUCAAAGACUUGCGCGAAGAAAGAAAUGGUCCCCAAUCCCUUUACAAUCACCGUCAAACGCAUUCGAGGUAUGCGGAUCGUCAACAUUACAGAGUGCAGGACAUACCGCCACCGCGAGCGUCAAUAGAGAAAAGACACGAAUAUAACAACAGAAGCAGUCAUCUCCAGUUACCAGGAACGCCUGAGGGGCAUUCAUAACCAACUCAGUUGAAUGAGCUUGCAAAGGUAUCUGUUUCUCAGGCAAGCUUGGCCGACAAGGAGUUAAUUAAUUCUUGUCAUGCGUAAAGUGUGCCGCUGAGCUCUGGAUAUCAAAAUUUCGGCUGCAGCCCCACAGAUCGCUACAGAGUAUUUAAGAUCUUCUUGUCAAGCGCUUAUCGUAGGUUUACCUAUUUUUAUAACACACCACCAAGGGCGAACGGUGAACCACAAAAGUAAAAACCGGUAAUACCUGUGUGGCCCACGCUGUGCUUAUCACCUCCAGUGCUCCCGGCGUCCUCUCCUGCUGAUGUCCUCUCGGCCAAGCGUUCGAAAUUGGGCAGGAGUGUCUGAUAAUAGACGAGAGCGUCCUGAACCGGAUUAAAGUGUCCAAAAACAGACAAAAAGUGGACCAAACCGUACGAAACACCAGGGAAUUUUUCGAAGUUGGACGGAAAUUUUGAGGCCGUCUCUAAUAAACGUCCUGCCCAUAUUGACCCCGGAUUUUUUUUUUUUUUUUUUUUCACUUUGUGGAAAUAAAAUUGAGGAUUGAUUUCUCAAUUUUGUAUUUUCACAUCGUAUCUGGUGUUUCGUAACAUCUUACUUAAGUUUUUUUUUUUUCAAGGUAACACGUAAAAAUAUCCUAAACCCGAGAGAACUGUCCGAAAUUAAACGAAAUCAUCGAACAUCAGACGGUAUCCUCAAAGAUUGGAACUGCUUAAAAAGGGACGAUAAAUUCUUCAAUCUAGAAACGAGUCAUAUAUAUCUUCGUAAACUUCAAAUACUUCAGUUAGGAGUUUGUUAUAGAUCUUUUUUAAUUCAAUUUGCAGUUAAUGGAAAAUGGCUACGCACGAAGUUUAUCCGAACAGAAACUAAUUUGAAUUUCAUUCAAUCAGUCAUAAGAAAAACGAAUAUAAGGUGCGUACAGUAUAACUGCGUUCCCUCCCCCGCUUCUUGCAAGAAGCGUAUUUUUCAUCGCUCCAGGCUACUGGAGACCGCUUUCCCGUGAAACAUAAGCCAAAAACCAAACCAACACUACAUGCUGAAUUCCAAGAAUAAUUUCAUCAACGACUUAUCUUGCUCCUGAAUUGCAGUGAAGUCAAGAGAAAAUCUCUCUUCAAUGAUUAAGCAAAAAACAUAAACCCGUCCACGCGACCUUAAUGCAACGUACGAUAAUAGUGUUUCCCUUGAAAAUUACUAACUAGCCCCUAGUUGGUCUAUCUGUGUUUUCCCAAGUAGAACACCUCAGCCCCACCUCUCCCCCGCAAGUCGUAAGCCAACGCCCAGAAAACUAUGCAUUUCGCUGUAGCGAUGUUUGUUUACAGUGCCGAGUUAAAUAAUAUGCUUUGAUAUUUAACACUAGCUCUCUUCUAGAUAUACGUGAAAAAACUUUUCACCAUCAUUUGUGCUAUUUUUCAAUAGUCCACCCGAAUGGGGGUUUAAAUGCUCCCCUUCUCUUACCAGUCUCCUUUCCUCUUCACCCUCCCCCCCAGGGUCUAAUCAUUCGGAAUUUUAAUAAAUGUGAGCAUUGUCUUUGGUGGAGCGUUUGCUUAUCAGAUUGGGUUGAUUCUUUCAAAUGCCUAAGUAGAAUGAGUGCUGAUCUGUCUCGUUCAGUCUAGAUUUUGGCCAAUCUUAUUUGUUUGCAUAUAUUUGCUGUUACCCCUUUAGAAUGGUACUGAAGACUGGUCUUCACUGAGCUGAAAUAUAAUGAAAAUGUUUUCUAUAUUCAGAACAAGCCCUCUAACCUUAUUCAACCAUGCAAAUGCGAUAGGCUCACACGAAAUAGCAACGAGUCCUUGUAAUUGUUCAUAAACUUCAAACACCUGCUGAAAAUUCAAUAAAUCAGCAAUGGACUUGUAUUGAAUUUUUUAAAAUUAAAUUUGCAGUUUUUGAUUUCACCGUGUAUUAUGAUCCAACCAAUGCUAUUUACAGAUAUUA